AUGAGUUAUGAAAUAUUGUUGGUGUUGUUGUUGGUGUUGUUGAUGCAAGCAGAUCACUUAGCCUUGGGCCAAACCAUUUGCGGCAGCAACGGCAAUUACAGCAGCAACAGCGCAUACAGCGCUAACCUCAACACCACACUCUCUUCUCUCUAUACAAACAUCGACAACGAUGGCUUCUACAACGCCUCAAUCGGGCAGGGAGCCGACACAGUCAACGCCCUCGCACUGUGCAGAGGCGACGUUCAACUCAACGAGUGCCGCGAUUGCGUGCAGAAAGCCGGUUCCAAUCUCGUGGAUUCGUGCCCGGUUCAGAAGCAGGCCUUCGGCUGGGAAGAGAACUGCACGUUGCGAUACUCGAAUGCUACCGUCUAUGCGUCUCUGGCGACUGCUCCCGCAUACUACGUGAUUAGUCCACAGAACGUGACGAGUCCAGACCGGUUUAGGGAGGCUUUGAGAGUGUUGCUCGAUGAUCUUCGUGGACGAGCCACAGGGGGCUCGUCUGCGAGGAAGGUGGCAGCUGGGUAUACAACUGGACCCGAUUAUCAAACGAUUUUCAGUAUGGUUCAGUGCACCCCGGAUUUGACAUCGGAGGAUUGUAAUAGUUGUUUGGAUGGUGCCAUUUCAGAAAUACCGCUAUGUUGUGAAGGGAAAAGAGGGGCUAGAGUCCUCAGGCCCAGUUGUUAUGUUCGGUUUGAGUCCACUCCGUUUUACAAUGAAACUAUGCUUCAGGAACUAGAGUCCGUUCCUCUGCCUCCGCCUCCGCUUACACAGCCAACGCCAUCAGGAAAGAAAAAUGGUAGCACAACUGUUGUCAUAAUUGUGGUUGUAGUUGUUGUAUGCUUGCUAGUGGCUGUAUCAUCUGUCCUCUUUCUAAGAAAGAGAAAGAAACAUAAACUAACAGAAAUUCCUCAAACUAUCGACGGUAUUAGCUCAGCCGAAUCUCUGCAACAUGCUUUCAGCACAAUCAAAGCUGCAACCAAUGAUUUUUCUGAUGAAAAUAAGUUGGGUCAAGGUGGAUUUGGGAUGGUUUACAAGGGGAAAUUUCCAAAUGGUCAAGAAAUUGCAGUGAAAAGAUUGUCCAGGGAUUCCGGGCAGGGUGAUAUGGAAUUCAAGAAUGAGGUUCUGUUAUUAGCAAAGCUUCAACACAGGAAUCUGGUUAGACUGUUAGGUUUCUCCUUAGAAGGAAUGGAGAAGCUGCUAGUGUAUGAAUUUGUUCAAAAUGCAAGCUUGGACAACUUCAUAUUCGAUUCAAUCAAGCAUUCGGAUUUGGAUUGGAAUAGACGCUACAAGAUCAUAGGAGGUAUUGCAAGGGGAAUCCUCUACUUGCAUGAAGAUUCUCGUCACAAGAUCAUUCACCGUGAUCUAAAAGCCAGUAAUAUACUUCUAGACAGAGAGAUGAGUCCCAAAAUUGCUGAUUUUGGAAUGGCAAGAUUGUUCGAAGAAGAUGAAACGCAGGGAAAUACUAGCCGAGUUGUGGGAACAUAUGGAUAUAUGCCUCCAGAGUACCUAAUACACGGCCAGUUCUCAAUCAAGUCCGAUGUCUACAGCUUUGGGGUAUUAGUCCUUGAAAUCAUCUGCGGCUGCAGAAAUAACGGUUUCCGAAGCGGGAAUGGCAGCGUAGGAGAUCUCCUGAGCUUCGCAUGGAGAAGUUGGCAAGAAGGAAGAGGUGGAGAAGUGGUGGAUCCAUUUUUGAGGAGUGGUUCGGGUUCAUUAAAUGAGAUGCUGAGAUGCAUCCAUAUUGGUUUGUUGUGUGUACAGGAAAAUGCGGCGGAUCGGCCAACCAUGGCCUCUGUGGUGCUUAUGCUGAGUAGCUUCUCCAUGACCCUAAAUAUACCUUCAGCGCCUGCAUUUUAUUCAACCGCUGGUGGUGGUUGUGCUUCAGAGCAGCCUCGUCGUUCCUCGCCGGAUCAAGCAUAUAUUACUGACUUACAACCACGCUGA